CGCAUGCAUGACUCCCACGUAGCACUCUCUAAUCAACAAACAAAAAAAUGGGAAAAAAACACAUCCAGCUCUCAACCCCCUCCCCUCUUCACGCCUCUCAGGCUCUCAGGCUCACUCCACCCACCGCCAUGGCCACCACCCACAAGAAGCACCUCUCCGCCUUUGCCAACGACCUCCUUUCCACAUCUGCUCUGAAACUAGGCACUUCUGUGGAUAGAUUAGUGGAAGAGUUUGAGGCCGGAUGGCAGCCUGAAACAACCGAUUACUCGAGGAAAUUAGUGGAAUUUUGCAGCUCAAAAGCCCUCAAUGAGUUGUGCUCAAAAGUCCUCAGUGAUGGUUCAUUGAGUCGGUUCACAUUCAACAUGAUGCUUGCUUGGGAGAUGCCUGACUCCGCUGAUGAGGACUCCCACACAGAGUGUGUAGCAAAGGAGAAAGAAGAGAGGAAGAGGCCACCAAAAGAGACUGAAGAACAAGAUGAAAUCCCGCUUUUCUAUUCAGACCUCAUGCCUCUACUUGUUGAUAACAAGCCAAGCAUUGGAGAAGAUGCAUUUGCGUGGUUGGGAUCAUUAUUUCCAUUAGUUGCAGAUGUUGUCAAUGGGAGAUUUACCUUCGAAACGCUUACUGCCCCUACAGGCAAUCGGCUCCAUUUUCCUGCUUAUGAUAAAUUUCUAAAAGAAAUUGACAAGUGCAUAAAACAUUUGCAAAAGCAAGCAACCCCAAAGGGUGUCGAGCUAGCAGAUGAUGAAUUUAUAUUGCACGUGGAGGGAACUGCAAGCACACAGAGAGUUGUGCGCCAUAUUGGAGGAGCGAGUUGGCCGGGUAGGCUUACAAUAACCAACUAUGCGCUCUACUUCGAGGCAAUGGGAGUACUUUCUUAUGAAGAUGCAUUCAAAAUUGACCUUUCUAAGGACAUUGACCACCAUGUGAAAUCAGGUGCCACUGGCCCAUGGGGUGCUCCACUUUUUGACAAGGCCAUCGUCUAUGAGUCCCCUGAGUUGUCAGAAAGCGUCAUUCUGGAAUUUCCAGAGAUAACGAGCUCCACAAGACGCGAGCACUGGCUUGCUCUCAGUAAGGAGGUUAUGUUAUUGCACCAGUUCUUGAAUAAAUUCAAGAUUGAAUCUCCUAUUCAAGCAUGGGAGAUGCACUCAAGGACGAUAUUAGGAAUUAUAAGGCUGCAUGCAGCCAGAGAAAUGCUAAGAAUAUCACCCCCUGAUCCCACAAAAUUCUUGAUUUUCGCCUUGUUCGAUGAGUUGCCAAAGGGGGACUAUGUGUUAGGAGAGCUUGCCAAGAGUCUGAAGAAUGCUAAUAGUGGACGCCUGUGCAGUGCUAGUUCAAUUCUAAGGAGCUUGAACGUAUCCCAACAAAGUAUAGCAGUUGCAGAAGUAAAAGAAGAAUCUGCAGGAGAAAGUGAAAGUGCAAGUGCAAGUGGCCAUGCUGAAAAGUUUUCGACUUUGGAGAGUGCCAUUAAUCAAGCUAGAGAAGAAGAGGAGGAGACCGUUAUUGCCAAAGCGACUACUGAGGGGCUGAAAGAGGAAGGCAUCGGUGACAAUGUCCUUGUUCUUAGGGAGCAACUAAGGCCACUCAUGAAUGUUUUGCCUUGGUUUCAAGAAAUUGUUCAAUGGAAACGGCCAGCAGUUACCCUCCUUGUGAUUACCAUGACUCUUGUGAUCAUAUACAAGGAGUGGUUUCACCAGGCAAUCGCAGCUUUCCUGUUGUGGAUAGUAGCAAAGAUGCUUCGGGCAAGACAGGAAAAUGUAAGAGACAAGCAUAACAAGAUAGUAGUAUCCAAAGCCUCAGACCAGACAACAAUCGAAAGCAUUGUGUCAGCACAACACGGAUUCAUUACAGUCCAGGACAUAGUGAAGACGGCGAACAUUGCUAUACUGAAAAUCCAGUCAAUAUUGGUUUCAAGGACCAACAAGCAUGCGAACACAGUCAUGAUGGUGAUGGUUGGAUUGGCAAUCCUAGUGGCAGUGGUGCCAUUGAAGUUCAUCUUCAUGGCCACCACAACAUUUUACUUCACAACGACAUCGAAGUUGGGGAAAUACAUAGCUAAUGACAAGGGGAACAGACGGCUAAAGGAAUGGUGGGACUCAAUCCCAGUUGUCCCAGUGGAAAUUGAAGACUAAGGCUCCUAAUAAUGGUACACAGUUUUGGUUAUUCCUCACAAUCUUUCCACACUUCCUUCUUAUUUAAGUUUUUGUCACUUGGAUCAAGUAGUAUCAUUCUCAUAAAUGAUUUUUUUUCAUUUUUAUAUGAGCUUGUAUGGUUAUUAGGUCAUUGGGACCUAUAGUAAGAGAAUUGUUGUUUAUGUUUAUUUUA